AAAUAACAUGUAAAACAAAUUAAUCCAAAAAUUAUCCUUUUUAUACAGCGCAUUUUUCGCUGUCGAUAUAUCGGAUUUCUGUCUUUGCUAUUGAUAUUGCGAGUCAAUCGCACUAUAAGAGCCAAACGUCGAUUAUAUAAGACGCAAAAUCCAACGCAAUCAUGAAAGUCUACAAGGAUAUCUUUACCGGGGAUGAGAUGUUCACGGACACGUAUAAAAUGAAGUUGGUCGACGAUGUUAUUUAUGAAGUGUACGGAAAGCUGGUCAGCCGCAAUCAGGACAACAUUGUCCUGGCCGGUGCCAAUCCAUCGGCCGAGGAGGCUGAUGAGGGCACCGACUCAGCCGUAGAAAGUGGCGUUGAUGUGAUAUUGAACCAUCGCCUGCAGGAAUCAUUUGCAUUCGCAGACAAGAAAUCUUUCACACUUUACCUUAAGGAAUAUAUGAAAAAGGUGCUCGAGCAUUUGCAGGCGAAUGCACCCAACGAAGUGGACGUGCUCAAAAACAACAUGAACAAGGCGAUGAAGGACAUUUUGGGCAGAUUCAGGGAAUUGCAAUUCUUUACAGGCGAGUCGAUGGACGUCGAUGGCAUGGUCGCCAUGUGCGAGUAUCGCGAAUUAGACGGCGAGGGCGUCCCAGUUUUUAUGUUCUUCAAACACGGUCUCCAAGAAGAGAAAUUGUAGUCUACAUUUGCGGCGACACUUUCCAAAUGACAGUUUUUAAAUUGUUUUCCGAUGUAAGCAAAAUUAUAAAUAAUUGAUAAUUGAUAAGCAAGCCAUCAGGAUAUUUUGAGUUACAAUAAACGAUAUCGCUCUGACGAAACGAACGAUAAAUAGAUCAUUAAAAAUA